CGGGCGGAGAGGACCAUGCGUAGGCUUGAAGAGGCAGCUCCAAAUCUGCUACCGAGCCUCUUCUCUUCUGAAAUCUUCUCUUCUUUUACUUUUCUAUCUCAAAAUCUGGACCCCAUUUCUUUUUUACCCAAAAACAGCAUGGUUGGACCUUCCCUGGACAGCACCAAGCACCAUCUCAAACCGCCGUCCUCCUCUACCAUCAAGUUCCUUUGCAGCUACGGCGGCAAGAUCAUUCCCCGUUAUCCUGACGGCAUACUCCGUUAUCAUGGUGGCGAAACCCGCGUCCUCGCCGUGGACCGCUCCAUUUCCUUCUCCGAGCUGUUGUUGAAGCUUGAGGAGUUGUGUGGGAAGAGAGUGAGUCUCCGUUGUCAGUUGCCAAAAGAGGAUCUAGACGCUCUGGUAUCGAUCACCUCCGAUGAGGAUCUAGCUAAUCUCAUCGAGGAAUACGAUCGAGCUGCAAUCCCAAAGAUCAGGGCCUUCCUUUGCAUGCCUAAAAAAAUAUCUCCUCCUGUUUCCUCUUCGUCGUCUUCAUCAUCAUCAACAUCAUCAUUAUCAUCACCUUCUAAUAGCUACGUUGCCACUGUUGGUUCAACGGCUUCAACUUCUACACCGAGACGCUACCAUCAGAUCUCGAAGCCUGUAGCGUAUCCUGUGAAGAAGAUUCUUCCUCAUCCUCACUAUGGCUACCAUGUUCAUGGACACCCUAGCCAUGCCUACAUGGUUCACAACGGGAAUCAUUGGCAAUAGCUGUUCCGGAACUGAACUGAGACAUAUGAGAAGAUGAAAUAUAAAUACCAAAUAGUAAAAAAAAAGGGGGAAAAUAUAUUUAAAAAAAAAAGAAGAAGAAGAAUGGAGCUAUCGGAGAUAUAUAUCCAUAUAUGAAUUGUAAUUUGAGGACUGUAGGAUUUGCUUUUGGUGCGUGGAAAUUAAUGAAUUUUCAGUCCAAUUUCCCAAUUUGGAUGCCCAGGGAAAAAAAAAUCCAAUUAUUGUGAUGGUUAACGAGGAGAUUCUGGUGGAUAAACCUGGAAGAUGAUGGAGAAGCAUAUGCAUUCAAGAUACCAUCAAUCACUGAGCUAGGAAGGGCAUGCUGGCAUUGCACAUACCAAACCAAAAAGCGCAGGUGGUUUUCGUUAAUAACGAGUAGAUAAUUCCAGAAGUGAAAGUUAUGAAAUUGGAAUCAUUUGGUGGGACCGCUGUGCAUCAAUUGAGGCCAUGUCUUCCGGAAUUUAUUGGCCAUGGGAAAGACAUACGAAAAGAGGACUAAAUCACGUUUUGUAUCUGGAACAUCAUGAUACUGGGAAUCAUAAAUAUUACAACGUGAAAAAUAAGAUAAUUACUACUACAGAAAGGAAAGAGACCGUUUUGCACAA